AUGGUUGGUUUUGACGCAAGAAACAGAGAUACUAUCAAUGGAUCGUUCAUUUGUCGGCUAUGCAAUCUGAUUUUACGAGAACCAUGUCAACUUUCGUGUGGACAUCGGCAAUGUAAAACUUGCAUAGAAAAUGCUGAAGGGCCUGUAAUUCAAUGUACAGAGUGUUCGGAACAGACACAGAAAAACGAAAUAAUGCCAGAUAGAGGUUUUAAAAAUGAUAUGAAAGCGCUACUGAUAAUAUGUUCAUUCUGUCUAUGGAAUGGCUUAUUUAAGGAUUACGAGGAACAUCUGAAAAGUACACAUCCUAAUCCAAUGUGUGAGUUUUGUAAAGAAAGAUUCAAUUCAACAACAAGACUUGAAGAACACAAACAAAAAGAAUGCACAAAAAUUACUGUACCUUGUCCGCUAAAAGAAUUUGGUUGCUCAGAACCGGUUUGUCGAGCUGAAUUACCAGAACAUUAUUUAACUGAAAGUCAUCAAAAAGCAAUAAUUAAGGCAAUACGACUUUUAGAAGCUAAAGCUCUCAACGAACCACACGAGCGAGUUCUAGGCAUGGAUAUUGAUAAUGGACAGAGUGCCUCUAGCACAAUGAUGACAACUACAAGUGAAAAUAUCAGUUCACAAAUGCAAGAAAUCUAUGAAACGAUAAACAUUCUUGCUGGUGGAAUUCAAACGUUAAAUGAUGAUACACAACGUCUUAGUAGUGAAUCAAUCAAAUUACAAAGUUCAAUAGAAUCGUUGACACAAGAUAUUGGAUCGCUUAAAUUGAAUGUACAAGAGCAAAGCUCUUUUCUUGAUGGUGUCAAACCUAAUCAGGAGAUUCUUCAACAAGAUGUUGCAUCAUUAAAACAAAAAAUUGACGAUUUGCAAUAUGUAUCUUACGAUGCAACAUUGAUAUGGAAAAUCGUUAGCUUCAAUGAAAAAAUGACGGAUGCACAAUCUGAACGGCAAACAUCGAUUUAUUCGCCUCCAUUUUAUUCAUCACCAACUGGCUAUAAGAUGCGAGCUCGUCUUUACUUAAAUGGAGACGGAAAUGCUCGACGUACACAUAUGUCUUUAUUUUUCGUUUUAAUGCGUGGACCAAACGAUGCCAUCUUGAAGUUUCCUUUCAAUUACAAAGUCACAUUUUGUUUAUACGAUCAAACACCUCAGCAAAGACACAUCAUCGAUUCAUUUCGACCAGAUAUUAAAUCGAAUAGUUUUCAAAGACCACGAUCAGAAAUGAAUAUAGCUAGUGGUAUACCUAAAUUCUUUCCAUUGGCAAUGAUUCAACAAGAAGGCAAUCCAUACGUUCGAGACGACACAAUGUUUAUUAAAGUUAUGGUGGAUUUCGGUGACAUGCCAAAGACAUUAUUACCAUAUGCAUUGAGUCUCAAUCCUGGAUUGCCGAUGCACAUUCAACAAUUAUUGAUCAAACAAGAAUCAGAAAGAAAAGCACAACAACAACCACAAUCCCAGCCAACACUAAUAUCGCCUACGAAUCGACCAGUAACAUUAACAUUACCGCCAAGUGAUGAAACACAAUUACCUCAGACAAUUUUUAAUAUAAUGACAUCGCCUAAUACAUCAAACACUAAUGAUAGGCCGCGCGAUGUGAAUAAUACUAGUCCCUGA